AGAACAUGUAGAAUAGCCAUCUGUCUCUCCAUUAUAUUCUUUUACAGUGAGGAUGUAGCCCUCCCAUCUCAUUUCUACCUCACCUUUGUCAUGCAUGAAGCGGCCACCACUUCCCUCCUUCUCCCUUCCUGCAUAUGCCAUCACCCUAAAAGCUUAAAGGCUAAGAAUCUCUCUCUACCAACCAGACACAACCAUGACAAUUAUAAUAUAUAAGCCACUCAGGAGAGAAAUAAGACCCUUCCUUUUCCUUUCUCUCUCCUUUUCUCUAUCUCUCUUCCCUUCCCUUCCUCCUUUGUGCUCUCUGCAACUCCCUCCACCACUUCUUAACCCCAUCAACCUUUUGACAAAAGAGAAAUAGAUCGCCAAGGAAGAAGGUGUGGUGGAGGAACGGAGUGCAACCAUGGUUUUCCCAUCAGUUCCUGUGUUUCUUGAUCCACCUAAUUGGAACCAGGUGAGCUCUCUUCUUCCUUGUCUCAUCUUUUCCUCCGACGCCUUCCAUGUCCAAAAGCAACAGGCUCACCAGCAGGGAAACAGCGGCCGCGGUGGCGGUGAGGCUUCCCAGCUUCCACCAGGAUUGGCAGCGCCGCGCCCUGACGGUGGUAUGGCUGGCCUGAUGAGGCCCGGGUCGAUGGCGGACCGAGCUCGGCUGGCAAAGAUACCGCAGCCGGAGCCCGGGCUCAAGUGCCCGCGUUGCGACUCCACAAACACCAAGUUCUGCUACUUCAACAACUACUCCUUGUCGCAACCGCGCCAUUUCUGCAAGACAUGCCGGCGUUACUGGACGCGAGGGGGGGCCCUCCGAAACGUCCCCGUCGGCGGCGGUUGCCGGCGCAACAAGAGGACCAAGUCCACCGCCGGCGGUAGCUCCUCGAAGUCCUCGAAUACCACCACCCAGACCGGUGCCUCCUCCUCGUCUUCCACGGCCACGUCGUCGGGCGUAGGUGGUGCAAUCGCAUCCACCACGCUGCUCGCUUCGCAGCUGCCGUUCAUGGCCUCGUUGCACCCGCUUCCCGACUUCGCAGCGACCAACUUUGGUGUGAGCUUCUCAGGCAUCCAACCCGUGGAUACGUUGGACUACCAGCUGGGUGGCGGCGGCAGCAGCGCCCCAGGCGGCGGCGUCGGGAUGGAGAACCUGAGGCUUCAGCAAAUGCAGCAGUUUUCUCUGAUAGGCGGACUGGACCUCCCACAGCCGCCGGCACCUGCACCAACACCGGCUUCCGGGCUAUUCUCUUUCGUCGGUGAUGGUGGUGGGUUCAUCGGUGGUUCAUCGACAGGGCAAGCUCAAACAAAACCGACCAAUUCCGGACUCAUCACCCAACUGGCUUCGGUGAAGAUGGAUGACAGCCAACAGCUGCUUGGUUUUCCGAGACCGUAUCUUGGUGUUUCUCGCAACGACCAAUUCUGGAGCGGCGGAGGCAGCAGCAGUAGCACCGGAGGAUGGAUGACAGAUCUCUCCGGAUUCAACUCUUCAUCUAGCAACAUAUUCUAAUGCGAUGUCCUCUGCACUGAUGGUUCUAUAACGUGGAAGCUUAGUUUUUUUGCAAUGGCUUCAAGAAGACCUACUGGAGGAGGAAGAAGAUGAAGCAGUAGAGUGAGUACUAAAAACCGGUUUAACUUGUGAUAUGGUGGAUGGCAUGCAUCUGUUAGCAAAACCUCUGUAAAAGAAGCUCUAGCAAUGGUAGGUAGGUUUCUUGUUUCAGAUUAUUUGGAUUGGUGUUGUUCCUCAUGUUCUCUAAUUAAUGUGCUGUUGUAUCUUACACUCCGCUUAUAGAAUCUUAAUGCAUGAAGUGUUGAAGCUUUUC